ACGGAGUUAAAUUUCGCGGCCCGCAAAUUCACUUCUCUCAUUUCAUUCGCGUUAGCGUUUCAUUUCGCUGCCAUUUCGAGACUCGGAGGAAGCUCUGAUUCCUUCUUUGAUUCUCUUCUCGCUUUUCUUCUCGAUUUUUCCUCCGCUGUCGCUGCGAGCCCUACUCCUUGAUUGAAUCGGGUUGACUUUUGUGUUGCUGAGAGCUCCUUGCUCUGUAUCUUGGUCGGAUCAGUGGAAGAUCGAUUGCUUUUGAGCUGAUCGGCGAAGAUUUAAUGGCGAUUUUUCCGGGUCUGUGUUGAUCUGCCGGGAAUAGGAAAAAUUUAUGCUGAAUGGAAGCAUGUGCGGUGGUCUGGAACAAAUAAAGUUAUUGCAAUCUUCGUCAUCUUCUUCUUGCCAAGAUAUCCUUAACUGAAUUGAAAAAAACAAUGAAUGGCCUUAACGUUGAGAUCGAUGAUACUUUUGCAAGCGUUCUGGAGCUUGCAGCUAACAAUGAUGUGGAUGGUUUCAAAGAAUAUAUCGAUCGAAACCCCUCUGCCGUUGACGCUGUUGGAGACUGGUAUGGCCGUAAGAAAGUCAUCGAGCGGCGUACUCCCCUCAUGGUAGCGGCCACUUAUGGCAGCCUUGAUGUGCUCAAUUUGAUCCUUAAACUCUCAUCUGCUGAUAUAAACCGCUACUGUGGCCCCGACAAAACCACGGCCCUCCAUUGCGCUGCUUCUGGUGGUUCCUUGAAUGUUGUUAAGGCUGUAAAGAUACUUCUGUCUGCUGGAGCUGACCCUAAUGGUGUCGAUGCUAAUGGUGACCGGCCAGUUGAUGUGAUUUCUGUCCCUCGUAAACUUUCUAAUGUGAAGGCCGCACUUGAAGAUCUUCUGGGAAGCUCUGGUGGUGCAGUGAGUGAAAUUCAUCACCAAUCCCUCCGGGUUUCUACAAGUGCAUCCAACUCUCUUUCACUGUCAUCCUCAACAGAGGAAGAUGGUUCGCCUUCCUCGGAUUCUACCUCCUCUCCCAUGACUGGAAAAUUUCAAGAACUCCCAUCUAUGCCGGAAAAGAAAGAGUAUCCUAUUGAUCCAUCCCUUCCGGAUAUAAAAAACUGUGCCUAUACUACAGAUGAGUUCCGGAUGUUCUCUUUCAAGGUUAGACCUUGCUCCAGGGCUUAUUCUCAUGAUUGGACAGAGUGCCCCUUUGUUCAUCCAGGGGAAAACGCACGGAGACGUGACCCGAGGAAAUAUCAUUACAGUUGUGUUCCUUGCCCUGAUUUUCGCAAAGGGGCAUGUAGGAGAGGAGAUAUGUGCGAGUAUGCGCAUGGGGUGUUUGAGUGUUGGCUUCACCCUGCUCAGUAUCGCACGAGGCUUUGCAAGGACGGCACUAACUGCGCAAGAAGGGUUUGUUUUUUCGCUCACACCAAUGAAGAGCUCCGUCCUCUAUACAUAUCUACUGGCUCAGCUGUUCCGUCUCCCAGGUCCUCUGUGUCAUCUGCAAUGGGCUUAAUGCCAGGCUCUCCAUCUUCUGUUUCAGCUAUUAUGUCUUCUUUUACACCGCCCAUGUCACCUUCUGCCAACACAAUUUCUCACAAUUCGCUCAAUUGGCAGCAGCCUAAUGUGCCCGCACUCCACCUUCCUGGAAGCAAUCUGCAAUCUAGCAGGCUUAGGUCAUCUCUUAAUGCGAGAGACAUACAGUUGGAUGACUACCUGAUGCAGGAUUAUGAAACCCAGCAGUUGAUUAAUGAUUUAUUCAUCUCACGUAUUGGCUCCUCUGCUGGAAACAGAAUAGCUCGAUCGAAGAACUUGAAUGGCUCUAAUCUUGAUGAUCUUUUCUCAGCUGAGCUCUCUUUAUCUCCGAGAUAUAAUAAUUCUGAACAGGGAGCUAUGUUCUCUCCUUCUCAUAAAGCUGCCAUUCUAAAUCAGUUUCAGCAGCAGCAGCAAAGCCUUCUCUCACCUAUAAAAACCGGGAUGUUCUCACCAAAAACCACCAUGGAUCAACCUAUUCCGGGACAUUCCUCACUCUUGCAGGCCUCUCUCGGGUUAUCUUCUCCUGGAAGGAUGUCUCCUAGAAGCUUGGAUGCAGCGUCCCCUUUAAGCUCAAGACUUACUGCAUUUGCUCAGAGGGAGAAGCAACAGCAGCAAUCUCUGAGGAGUCACAGCUCCCGUGAGCUUGGAGCUGCUGCAGCUGCAGUUGUGGGCUCGCCGGUGAGCUCGUCCUGGUCCAGAUUGGGUUCGUCUUCCAGAACAAUUGAUUGGGGGGUGAAUGGUGAAGACUUGGGCCAGCUUAGAAGAUCGUCUUCCUUUGAGCUACGUUCCAGCGGUGAAGAACCUGAUGUUUCCUGGGUUCAUUCAUUGGUAAAGGAAUCGCCCCCUGAGAAACCAUUGGCGACUUCAGCCGGACAUGACAGUCUCGCAUCCCGCUCUUCUAAUCCUAAUGAUGACUCAAGUGGCCAGAUUGAUUCUCAUGACCAUGCUGCUGUGCUUGGGGCUUGGUUGGAACAGAUGCAGCUGGAUCAGUUGGUUGCUUAGUAGAAAUUGAUAUUUGGUAAAUAAAUUCUUUGGCUGGAUAUGGAUGGGGGCAGUCAAGUUGGAUUAGUGGGUACCAUUUGGAGAUUCGUUUUCUUCAAAAGAUUUGUUUUUUAUUUCACAAGAAGAGUAUUUUAGACAGAGAUUAAAGGAUGAUGAUGGCCACUGUCUGGGUUAUUUGAAGCUCAAUCCCGGACAAUCAUUCUCCUUCCAGGUUCGUUUUUUAUUUUAAAAUCCUUUUUAUUUUCUUUGAACUAAAGUUUAUAAUCAGUUUUUAUUUCUUCUCGCCUGAGAUCGGUCCUCAUCUUUAACUAAUGAGGAUUUUAAAGAAGCUUGCAGAGGGGUGAAAAAUUCGUUGGAUUAUAUCUCUCUCUGUGAACCAACUUUAUUGUUAAUAACAUGAACAUGUUGGUUGUGAGAAAUUUAUGCAAUUUGAAUUUUUUGCCCCCCUCUCUUGCACUUGUCUGUAUCAUGAGCGCUGUAGUUUAUUUUCUUAACGAGUCAUUUGAGAAUGUCUGUAUUAUCUAAACAAACUUGCUUAUUAUUUUGAAUUCCAUUAUUCUUUUUUAUUACCUUCUUCA